CAUUCCGUAAACAUCCACAACGUCACUUCCGCUUAUAUUCGCCUGCAAAAACAAAGCAAAGGAGGCUAAAUUUGAUCAUUUUGCGUCAAGCUUAAUUCCUGUCCCCUAAUCGUGUGUUUGAUCUUCAUCAAUACUGAAGUGCAGAGGUGUCACGGCCUCAGUAUGAAGGGCCCCAGUGAUGAAAGUGAAGUGAUUGAAGAGGAUUCAACACCUAUUGACUCAAACAAUGAAGAGCUCCCACCUUACCUGCGUGAAGAACCACCUGAGGACUUGGAUAAGGAUCACCCCAAGAACGAAGCUGGAGUCGUGUGGAGAGUUACGGGCGGACUGUUCAACUUUACCAAAGGAGCGGUGGGCGCCACACUCGGGGGAGUGGCUUGGGUAGGCUGCAAAAGCUUUGAGCUGACCAAGACGGCCGUGACGAGCGUUCCCGCAGCUGGAGUGGGAUUGGUCAAAGGCGGCGUCUCCGUGGUAACAGGAGGGGUCGGGGCAGUGGGGUCUGCAGUGGCCGGUAAAGUUACACCAAAGAAAAAAGACAAGUCGGAUUAGAUUGUCUACUCUCUCCCGCCCUCGGUCUGAUUCGGUGUGUCGAUGGAUGUCCAAGUGGUUUGUUCUCACGUUCAAGACGUUUUGGAAAGCCAAUGGCAGAUUCAUGUAGCCCACUGGGAAAAAUGCCGUCUCUGAAAAAUCCUUCUUUAGUUACUAGGUUUGGACAACAUGAGCACAAACACACUUUGACCAACAUUAGAAAUCCCCUGUUAGGGUACAGGUACAUGAGAUAAUUGGGAUCUUUGCGUAUUUGUUUGUUUGCGUGUGUCUUGUGUAAUUUAAUAGUUUGUCUGAAUUACAAGAUUUAUUUUUAGGUUGAAGAGGGAUCAAAUGGUUAAAUCAGACAUAUUCUUUAAAACCAUGUCAUCUCCAUCAAUAGUUUUGUGCAAAAAUUUUUUAACACAAUACUUCGUUACAAUUUCAAACACUGUGAAGUGCACGCAGUUAUUAUAUUUCUAUAUGAAGUAUCGAUCAAGCACACUUCACAGUUCCUGGAAUAUGUGAGCAAGUAUUAUUGUUAUUUAAUUGAAUAGACACGUGAAACUAGAUUACCCGGUUGAUCUGAUAAUGUGAGAUUUAGACUACAUACUUUUAUAAUGUUCGGUCUUGGCCAUGUUAAACGCUUUGUAAGGUCAGCCGUGCAGCUUCUAUUAUUUGAAUCACAGAAAAGCACACGCUCUCAUUUAGAUUACGGUCAAUGUACUGUAAUGGCAGCGAUUCAGAGAACGUUUAAAUGGUAUAGAUUGUUACCUUGAACAAAAUGCAUCAUUAAUAAAAAGUCUCCUGUGUGUAUGGUCCAUUUUGUACGACAACGUUUAAAGCAUUGAAACUGUAUACAGGAAAGGAGUGCUACUUGGAGAAUAAAUGAAAAGUGUAUGCUUCAGACAAGCUAAAAUUUAAAAACUGUACUUCAUUCUCUCUUUGUAAAUCAUCACGUAUAGCUCAUUGGGAGAUGUUGUUUUUUUUUUGGCCGUAUAUGUGCCUGGUUGUCACCGUUGAGUGUUUUAGAGCAGUACAAAAUAACCACAGUUGUAUUUUCUGCUUUACUUUUACUGCUGUUUACAUAUUAGAGCUAUCACAGUUGGAAACCGUGCAACUUGAGUAUUUGUUCAUUCACUUUUCGUUUUUCACCGCUUAAGUGUUUGUGUUUAUUUAUGCAAAAACCUCACAUGGCAUAUUAUUAUACCGUUGCGAUGCAUGAUUGAAGCUUUAGCUUUCACUGUACGACAUGCUGCGUAACUUAAAACACGCUGGGGGUUUUUUCUUUUCUUUUUUUGUCCUGUUUUGCUGUCUACAUACUUUCUUGUAGGUACUCUCGUCUUGAAGAUGCUGUUACUAUAAACUGGACUUUAAAGACCAAGUAGAUUUUGUCUAUAAUAUAACUAUUUUUGCUAAAUUGAUGCUGUAUUCUACAAAUAAAGCAUUCUGUAUUUUAAA